UCGUUAUUUUAAAUCUAAUUCAUUUAUGUAUUCGAGCUCUGGAUAUUGGUGUUUUGAACCUGCGGAAGACGCGUUAGGCUAGAAAACUUGCGAAGCUGAGGCGCGCCGCGUGUGUAGUCAAACUGACUACUCGAAGGCUGUCAGUUGUUCGCACGUGUCGUGUGGAGAGAGAAUCAGUGCCGAGUGCGCUGAGCUGCAUCGUUACCGUGUCAUCGACCAGUGUCCGUCUUAACUGGCCGCUGUCAGCUUCACAGAGCCACGUGACGUGUCCAAACGAAGCGUGUUUCAAUAAUUUAACACGCGCUGGCUGGACGAACUUGGUUGGGGAGCUGCGCACAUAAUCAUUUGCGGUAGUAGUGUCAGUCAGACUUUAAAUCCACUCAACUAUGGGUCACACAAGUUUAGACAAGAUCAUUGCGCUGCAGAACAAGCCUGCAAAUAUAAGGAAUCUGUGUAUUUUAGCCCACGUGGAUCAUGGCAAAACAACUCUGGCUGAUUGCCUGGUUGCCAGCAAUGGUAUAAUAUCUAGUCGUUUGGCAGGAAAGCUGAGAUACCUGGACAGCAGGGAGGAUGAACAAAUCAGAGGAAUAACCAUGAAAUCCAGUGCAAUAUCAUUGCAUUACUCUGUCGGUGGUGAAGACUACCUCAUCAACUUGAUCGAUUCCCCCGGGCACGUGGACUUUUCAUCAGAAGUUUCGACAGCCGUGCGGCUGUGCGACGGGGCUAUUGUCAUCGUGGAUGCUGUGGAAGGAGUCUGUCCUCAGACGCAGGCUGUGCUACGACAAGCCUGGCUUGAGAACAUCCGUCCGGUCUUGGUAAUUAAUAAAAUUGACAGACUGAUUGGGGAACUGAAGCUCACUUCACAAGAAGCAUACACACACCUUCAGAAAAUCCUGGAACAGGUGAACGCAGUCACUGGCUCCCUGUUUACUUCUAAAGUCCUGGAGGAGCGAGCGGAGAAGGACUCGGAAGUGAGAGAAGCGGGUGGCGGGGACAACGGCGAGCAGGUCUACGACUGGAGCGCUGGCCUGGAGGAGAGCGACGACUCGGACCUUUACUUCUCUCCUGACCAGGGCAAUGUGGUUUUCGCUAGUGCUAUAGAUGGAUGGGGCUUCAGCAUCCACCAGUUCGCUCACAUGUACAGUCAGAAGAUGGGGAUCAGGUCCGAGGUGCUGCUGAAGACACUCUGGGGAGACUUUUACCUCAAUGCUAAAGCCAAGAAGAUCAUGAAAGGGGCUCAGUCCAAAGGAAAGAAGCCGCUGUUUGUGCAGCUUGUUCUGGACAACAUCUGGAGUUUAUAUGAUGCUGUGGUCCUCAAGAGAGACAAGGAGAAAGUGGAGAAGGUGAUGUCCUCUCUUGGGGUGAAAGUCGCAGCUCGGGACUCGCGGCACUCGGAUCCCAGAGUGCUCCUGAGUGCCAUCUGCAGCCAGUGGCUUCCUGUGUCCCAAGCUGUGCUCACGAUGGUGUGCAACAGGCUGCCCAGCCCGCUGGACAUGGCUGCCGAAAGGGUGGAGAAGCUCAUGUGCGUCGGCGCCAGGAGGUUCGACUGCCUGCCGGAGAAAACGCAGGAGCUCAAGAGAGCAUUUCUGGAAUGUAAGAGUGACACGUCAGCUCCGGUCGUCGUGUUCGUUUCCAAGAUGUUUGCCGUCGACUCCAAGGCAUUGCCACAGAACAAGCAGAGGCCUCUGACGCAGGAGGAGAUGGCCCAACGCAGGGAACUGGCUCGCCAGAGACACGCCGAGAAGCUUGCCGCCAGUCAGGCAGCGGACGCCCCCGCGCAGCCUCUCUCCCAGGGCCGGUCUGCCACAGAGUCAGGGAUAGCGCCACCUGCUGGAGAGAGCUUCACAGGGCCCGAUGUGCUCCCCGACCACGGGGAGGCGAUGACACUGAAGGCGAACAAGGUGGACGAGGAGGAGGGGAAGGAGCACUUCAUCGCCUUCGCCAGGGUGUACAGUGGUGUGGUGAGGAAAGGCCAGAAGGUGUUUGUGCUGGGUCCCAAGUAUGACCCGGCAGAAGGUCUCAAGAAGCUGCCCGAGGGCUGCUCCACCGCAGACGAUCUCUGCACCGUGCCGCACAUGGCCUGCUGCUCCCUGGGGAGUCUGUACCUCCUGAUGGGCAGGGAGCUGGAGGAGCUGGAGGAGGUCCCCGCAGGCAACGUGCUAGGUAUCGGAGGGAUGGAAGAUUGGAUCUUAAAGUCCGCCACGAUAUCCACAAGUCCAGCCUGUCCACCAUUCACCCCUCUCAACUUCGAGGCUACACCCAUUGUGAGGGUUGCUAUUGAGCCCAAACACCCAAGUGAGAUGCCAAAGCUGGUUCGGGGCAUGAAACUGCUCAACCAGGCAGACCCAUGUGCAGAGGUUCUGAUCCAGGAGACAGGGGAGCACGUUUUGGUGACAGCAGGUGAAGUCCAUCUUCAGCGCUGCCUAGAUGACCUCAGAGAGAGGUUUGCCAAAAUAGAAAUAAGCGCUUCCAAACCGAUUAUUCCAUUUCGAGAGACAAUAGUUCGACCUCCAAAAGUGGACAUGGUCAACGAGGAACUGGGCAAACAGCAGAAGGUUGCUGUUAUCCGUCAGGUGAAAGAGGAACAGUCCAAGUAUCCCGAAACAGUUCAGGUGGAUUCGACAGGCCUCGUCACACUAACCACUGCAAACAGAAUGGCCACCAUUGGAGUCAGGGCCAUACCGCUUCCUGAGGAAGUGACACAACUGCUGGAGGCGAACAGUGACCUCAUCCGAACAAUGGAGCUCUUCAAUCUGUCCAUGAAAGAGGGCAAGACUCUGGAGAUCAAUCAAAAAACAUUGGAGUCCAUCCAGGACCUGAAGCGGAAGCUAGAGUCCUACAUGCAGGGGCGGAAAUGGAGGAGCGCUGUGAACCGCAUCUGGUCAUUUGGCCCGCGCCGAUACGGACCCAACAUCCUGGUGAACAACCUGGAGGGCUAUCGGCGGCCCUCCGUGUGGCAGUGCUUGGAGAAGGAGAGGAGCAGGGCUGAGACAUACAGGGAAUUUGACAACAGCAUUGUCAGUGGCUUCCAGCUGGCCACGCUCUCAGGCCCCAUGUGCGAGGAGCCUCUGAUGGGCGUGUGCUUCUCUCUGGAGAAGUGGGACAUGAAGCUCCCUCGACAGCCGUCGGAGGGGGAUCGAGUCUCACCUGAUGAUCCGGCAAGGUUGGAUCGCAGCGGGGACGGUGUCUAUGGGCAGACUAGUGACCAGGAAGCUCAGGGGGGAUCAGAGUCAGAAAGUGUGGUGCCCACUGGCAGCAGCGAAGGCAAGCGCAGGAACAACAGCUCCUUGGUGGACUGCUACGGACCCUUCUCCGGACAGCUCAUCGCCGCAAUGAAAGAAGCCUGUCGGUAUGCAUUUCAGGCCAAGCCUCAACGCCUCAUGGCUGCCAUGUACACCUGUGAGAUCAUGGCCACCGCAGAGGUGCUAGGUCGCGUCUACGGCGUCCUGUCCAAGAGAGAGGGCCGUGUGCUACAGGAGGAGAUGAAGGAGGGCACUGAGGUGUUCAUCAUCAAGGCUGUGCUCCCCGUGGCCGAGAGCUUCGGCUUUGCCGACGAGAUCAGGAAGCGGACCAGCGGCUUGGCCAGUCCACAGCUGAUCUUCAGCCACUGGGAGGUGAUCUCCAGCGACCCCUUCUGGGUGCCCACCACUGAGGAGGAGUACCUGCACUUUGGCGAGAAGGCCGACUCGAUCAACCAGGCCCUCAAGUACAUGAAUGGCGUGCGACGUCGCAAGGGGCUGUACGUGGAAGAGAAGAUUGUGGAGCACGCCGAAAAGCAGAGAACACUCGGCAAAAACAAAUGAAGCCAACCUCAGGUGGAAGGCAUGGAGCUGCAACUCUUUCUCCAUUUGGAUUUCGCUCCUGGGACAGUUGACCUUGGGUUGGUCAACUGAGACUGCAGAAAUGGCCAUUGAAAAGUGCAAAUGUCACAGGCAGCCUUUAAAUUCAUGGAGAGAACAAAAGCCUCUAGUAGGUUCACAUCGGUAGUUAUCAUGUUCUGGGUGUGUCAUUGGGAAGGUCACGACCGAUGGGUGUGCAGUUCACACUGAUGUUGGGAUUGACUAACUUCGGUUUUGCAGCCGAUUCCCUGGGUGCCGAAGGUGCUUUCUGAACCUUACGUUGUAUGUUUGGGUUGUUUGCUUGAAGGAGCCACAGGCAGACAGCAUCACUGACCGGUAUUCAUGCUGAAAGUGACAGCGCCGGCAUCUGACAGCAGUUAGUCGCAUGUUAAUUCUGCUGUCUCCCCACUCAGGUUCAUUAUCUAGAAGACACUUAUUGACUGAAGACAUUUAGUUUUUCAAAUACAAACGUUAUAAUGAUGGGUUACAGUUAAAGUAUUUUUCUGUAAUUACGGCCAAAGCCCAUAAGUGUUUCCCCCCCUGCACUAGUGUGCAGUAGUUUGACACGUUUUCAUCUACAUUCACAAGGUGGAUUUCAAUAAAAAUCUGUUUUAAUCAUCAAAACAUUCGAGAAAUCAUGACAAAACAUCAAAUAAACGUUACGUGAUCUGAGAAAUCUUUGGACAGUCUCGAAUGAAUUUUAAUGGAUUUGUCUAAAUGCGUCAAAGCGAUCUAUGAGUCUUCGCCGUGUGUUGCGUAAGCACAAGGGCCCCUCUGUGUUUGGUGGUCCACCUUGCCCAUGGGAGCAGCACCUUCAUCUCUCACUGUGAGAUGCUCAAAAGCUUCCGAGUA